GCGCCUGCACUCAUGUGACUGAGUCAAGAUGGCUUCGCCCUGCUUCUUGUGGCUCUUGGCUGUCAUUCUCCUGCCGGGGUUCUGCGCUGCCCGGGCUCUGGGGCAUCUCGACCCCCCGACGCCGCUGCCGCUGGUGAUCUGGCAUGGGAUGGGAGACAGCUGUUGUAAUCCCUUCAGCAUGGGUGCUGUUAAAAAAAUGGUUGAGAGGAAAAUACCUGGAAUUUAUGUCUUAUCUUUGGAGAUUGGGAAGACGCUAACAGAGGAUGUGGAGAACAGUUUCUUCCUGAAUGUCAAUUCCCAAGUGUCGACAGUGUGUCAGACUCUCGCUGAGGACCCUAGGUUGCAGCAUGGCUACAAUGCUAUGGGAUUCUCCCAGGGAGGCCAAUUUCUGAGGGCAGUGGCUCAGAGAUGCCCAUCACCUCCCAUGAUCAAUCUCAUCUCUGUUGGGGGACAGCAACAAGGUGUUUUUGGACUCCCUCGAUGCCCAGGAGAGAGCUCUCACAUCUGUGACUUGAUCAGGAAAACGUUGAAUGUUGGGGCUUACUCCAAAGCCGUUCAAGAACGCCUAGUGCAAGCAGAAUACUGGCAUGACCCCAUAAAGGAGGACACAUACCGCAACCACAGCAUCUUCUUGGCGGAUAUAAAUCAGGAAAGGGGUGUCAAUGAAUCCUACAAGAAGAACCUGAUGGCCUUGAAGAAGUUUGUGAUGGUGAAAUUCCUCAACGAUUCCAUUGUGGACCCUGUGGAUUCUGAGUGGUUUGGAUUUUACAGAAGUGGCCAAGCCAAGGAAACCAUCCCCUUACAGAAGACCACUUUGUACAUACAGGACCGCCUGGGGCUAAAGGAAAUGGACAAGGCAGGGAAGCUGGUCUUCCUGGCUGCGGAAGGGGACCACCUUCAGCUGUCUGAGGAAUGGUUUGAUGCCCACAUCAUCCCCCUCCUUCAGUGAAACUCCUGCCAUUUGCCCCAGAGCUCAGGGAGCCCCUUCACUUCCAGACCUGUGGGAGACAGUUCCUCUCAUGCCCAAACCUGAGCUCGCAUCCAGCUUGCAACUAAUCCUUCUCUCCUGUCAUCAUCUAACACACCUUGCUCGGAAAGAUUCCAGUCUUAUCCUUUGCUUAUCCUAUCACCAUAUGGUGUUGAAUGGAAGUUUAAUUAGCUAAUAACCAUGGAGAUAGCUUUACAACCCUUUGAUGUGGUCAUGCUCAAUCUUAGGGAGUCUCCUGCAAGUCAGUGUCAGGCUCAGAGGAGGCUGAAUUAAAGCAGUGAGAUAGAUGCUAAAGGCAGACACCUUUUCUGGGGAAUCCAUUAGUCUGGUCACACUGCAAGCCAAGAGGAAAGGCCAGUACCCAGGCCUGAGUUACCUAAAUGCUCAGUUUUGCUGGUGGAGAUUUAACCUGUGCUUAGAAAAGUACUGCUUGGGUAAUACGUUGCUUUCCGUGGUGUCCUAGCAAUUACUAGACAGAUUCCCCUUGCCCCCAUCUUGCCUCUGUAGCACUCAUUUUGUCUCAGGCAGCGACGAAUUAAUCACUCUGACACAAAAAGAGAGGAGUAGCACUCAGCUGGGUUGCUUAAGGGAGGAAAUGUACAUCUCGUUAGCUGGGGGAUGAUGGUAGGAGUGGAAGUGAAAAACGAGGAAACAGCUAUUGUUUCCAUUCCAUCCUUGACUAAAUCUAUCCUUAGUGUCUUCACAUGACUGUCUGGGUUCUAGUCAAUACUACUGGCUUUAGCAGAGAACGUAUAGGAAAAUGUGAAGAGAUCAGGCUUUGUAACUCCCAUCCCAAAAAAUCAUAUUUACCAGCAUACUCCCAACUGUUUCUGAUGUGCUCUGUAAAAAUACAAUUAUUUGCUCAAAAAGCUUGGAAAAGGCUUUAUACUCUUUCUCCUCUUGGAGAUCAGCUCCCAUUAGAAUAUUAAGGACACUGAGAAUUCCUGUUACAGUGAAGAAAACUAACCUUAAUCUACUAUUUCCCACAUUAUUUCUGCACAGAAGUUUUGGUGUUUCCACACUCCUUGCCCCCCACAAACCUAUCAACACUUUCUGGAAGACUGUUCUGCAAAAUGCCAGUUUGGGAAAAUGAUUAGCUAUGCUUUGAUCGAAGUACCUUGUUUGUGUUGCAAAAUUUACCCUUUUCUCCUUUCCCUCUCUCAAGCCUUAUCCUUCACCCAAGAUGAGGAGGAUAUUAGGGGCAAGAGGUGGAAGAUGAGAAGAGUUUAAUUUUAUGAGGUUGUCUAAAAUAAAGAGUAGUUUCUUA